ACCUUGGUCGAGGACCUCAUCGCCGUUCUCAUCGACUCCUGGACGACAACCGCCUCCUUGUUCCAACGCCAUCUCAUCGGCGCAAUCGACAGACCUGGUUUUGCCUCCUAAGAUUCUGACACUCACUGUGCAUCUCUGCUUGCCUCGGCAUCCCAUCACUAGCCAGACCACUGUCACUGUAAUAUUUCAUUAUGCCGCCGAAGAAGCAGCAACCCGCGGGUUCUUCGUCCAAGGUCAAGGAUGACAAGACCUUUGGCAUGAAAAACAAAAACAAGUCUGCAAAGGUGCAGAAGCAGAUUGCGACGAUUGAAAAGCAGCAGGCGCAGGCGGGUAAGUCGCGCGCGGUGCUCGACAAGGAGAAGGAGAAGGCAUUGCGCGAGAAGGCGAAGUUCGACGAGGAGAAGCGCAAGAAGGAGGAGGCUGCGCUCUUCAAGCCCGUGCAGAUGCAGAAGGUGCCGUUUGGCGUGGACCCGAAGACGGUGCUCUGCGUGUUCUACAAGGCGGGCAACUGCGACAAGGGCACGAAGUGCAAGUUCAGCCAUGACCUGAAUGUGGGCCGGAAGGUGGAGAAGAAGAACCUGUACGAGGACAGUCGGGAGGACAAGGCGACCGAUACUAUGGACAAGUGGGACGAGGAGAAGCUACGGACGGUCGUCCUUUCGAAGACCGGGAACCCGCGUACCACGACAGACAUUGUUUGCAAGUUCUUCAUCCAGGCUAUCGAAUCCGAGAAGUAUGGAUGGUUCUGGGAGUGCCCUAACGGCGAAUCCUGCCACUACCGGCACGCCUUGCCGCCAGGCUUCGUGCUCAAAUCUCAGAAGAAGGCCAUCGAAGACGCGGAGAAAGCUAACGCCAUCACGUUGGAGGAGUUCCUGGAAGUGGAGCGUCACAAGCUGGGGACCAAUCUUACGCCAGUCACCCCCGAAUCAUUCGCGAAGUGGAAGCAGACCCGGAUGAACAAGAAGCAAGCGGAGGAGGAAGCCGUCAGGAAAGCCAAGGACGACAAGCACGCUGCAGGCAAGAACAGCGGCAUGAGCGGAAGGGAUCUGUUUACGUACAACCCAGAGUGGUUCGAGGACGAAGAGGAAGACGAGGAAGAUUGGGACCUUGCCAAGUACAGGAAGGAGCAGGAGGAAGAGGCGGUUGCAGCAGAGGAGGAGCGCAUCCGAGCUUUGCAGCUGUCGGGAGGGGUCGAAUCAGAAGUUGGCAUCGACGAUGCAGACGGCGGCACGGAGGUCAACUAAGUCAAGGAACCACCCACGACAUUGUGUACAAGCAUCAGCAUGUAUCAGUAUCCCGUGUCCAUUGCUACAUAUACAUAAAUGUUACAGC